GAGCUUUGAGUAGAUGUGCUCAAAAGACGCGCUUUUUCUCCUCGCGCGUCGCUUUGAGAGCGAAACUUUUUUGAUAAAUGUGUCGUUUAAUUAGAUAACGUGUUGCGUUGAUUGUCUUUGUCACCUGCAUGCAAAACAAGCAAUAUGUGUAAGCUGCGCGUGGGCGUUAUACAUUCAGUGCCGGUUGGUACGUGAGAGGCCUAGAAGAAGAGCGGCCCCCUGAAAUCUGCUCUUAAUACCUUUGGUUGCGCGCAUAUGCGGCGCUCGAACGUUUUUCUCGCCGCCCGCCGCAGGUACAUAUAAGCGCCUUGGCGAUCGCGUUUGCACCCUCUAUCGCUUCCAGCCUCCGGUGACAUCAACACAGGCAGCACAGCUUCCUUCAAUGGCGACUUCGGUGACAUCGGUUCCGCGGGUGUUGCUGGCCGCUUGUGUGCUGCUGGCCGCAAUCUCGGCCUCCCACCAACAAAAAAGAGCAAUUGACUGUCGGAGGUUUGUCUUUGCACCCAUUUGCCGCGGAGUGGCCGCUAAAAGGUCAGACCCGGGGCUAGGACGAUUCGUUAACAUCGUCCAACAUCAUCACAGGCUGCCAGUUGAACGUGAAUCUGAUUUCAGACAAGCUGCAACAGCGUCGCCAGAAGUUAGAGAAUUGGCGGUCCCCGCACCUCAAGUCGCGAGCAAUGAACAGGACUUGGAUGGACACCGGGACACCGCAUAUCGACUGUACAUUCCGGCACGCUUUCCAGGCGCACCGCAUCCGGAAUACGAAUACUGAAAACACUCGGUCUUCCCAGGAGUGUUUGAUUUAAUUGAUUUAUUAUUAAUUUCCCAUCACUCGAUGCAUUAAGAUGAGAGAACGCUCCCUUAAUUAAGUCAAUUUAAUUAUGUUAAGAGGCUGGAAUCUUAUACUGUACACACACGCUCUCUCU